AAAACAACGCAUUAAUAUUAAAAAAUUAUGUGAACCAAUCGAAAUUUAUGCUGUAAACCAAUCAAAAUGUAUUGUACUGUAAAAAAUAAAUGUAUAUAUUUUGUAAACUAUUGAACUUUCAUUCAUUCAGUCCUUAACGUACAACAAGUUAAGAUGUACCUCCAUAUUAAUUUUAAAUCUAUUUACCUGUUGAUAUAUAUAUUGAAAUAUAUAUCUGGAAUGUUAAACGACGAUACUGAUGAUAUUUAUAACCUUCUUGUUAAGUAUGGACAUAUUUCGGCGGUGGACUUUGACGAACAACCCAAUUUACAUUUAGAUCGUCAGGAAAUGUUAGCUGAAGGUCUAUCUCACUUUCAAAAUUACUAUCAUCUCCCUAUAACAGGGCAGGCUGAUAAUGAUACGUUAAAGCUACUGUUAAAACCCCAAUGUGGUAAUUUGGAUGUUUAUACAAAUUUAAACUAUAAACAUAUAACGCGUAAGUGGAACUUUACUAAAAUUAAAUGGGGUUUGUUCCAACCAUAUCAUCUACAGUCCGUAGAGCUAUUUAGAAAGGCGUUUAACGUUUGGUCUGAGCAUAUAAAUUUACAAUUUCAAAAAACUUAUCGAGAUAUUAACAUUUUAAUCGGGUUUCGAAGUGUGAAUCAUACACUUAUCCAAAAUCCUAGGAUAAAUUGCCCCGCUAAAUUUGACUGUAAAGGAGGUGUGCUAGCUCACGCAGAGUAUCCGAGUAUACAUAAAGAUAAAGUUGAAAUUCAUAUAGACAUAGACGAGAAUUGGAAUUUCACUAAUAAUAACGAAAAUGAAGUCAAUUUAUUACCAGUUAUUAUACAUGAAAUUGGACACUCUUUAGGGUUAGAUCAUAAUAAUCGAAAUGAUUCCGUAAUGUAUGCAUAUUAUGGUGGAGUUGAAACCUUAAGUCAGCAUGACAUUGAUAAUAUACAGAGAAUCUAUGGACGUAAAUCACUUGAUAAACCUAGUAUCUCUACAACAACCUCAAUUCCCACUACAAAUAGAACUCAAACUUCGACUACAACAAGAACAACAACAACAACAACAACAGUAAGGCCAUCACCAUCAACAACAACAACAACAACAAUAAGGUCAACAUCAGUUUCAACUGUCAACGUCUCCCAUAUAUGCGAUGUGGAUGAAAAGUUCACAGCAUUUUUAAUUUACGAUAAAAUAGUCUACGUUUUCUUUAAGCAGUGGGUUUGGUUAAUUGAUCUAAAGACUAAAAAACCGAUUCAAUCCGAAGCUGUAAACAUUUUAGAUUGGAUACACCCCUUGAGAGGGGUUUUAGACAAUAGCGACUAUGACUAUGUAGUGUCAGUAGAUUCAAAUGGUCUAUUCACAUUUAUUAUCAAAAAUGAAAUAUAUAUAAUUGAAAUUAAGAGUUUAACUGUAAGGUAUAAAUAUAGAUUUUCUGAAACUGAAUUAGGUUUAACUGAUGCAAGUAAAAUUAGAGGUGUGGUUGCCAAUAAUUACGGUUUGACAUAUAUCUUUUUCGAUAAACAUUAUAUCAUCCAGGUAGAUGAGUACUUUACAGAAGAAAAAAGAUUAUAA